AUGCCGCCAUUUGAUCCAGUUCCAUUCCCUCGCAUUCUCCGCAUCCCGAGAUCGGACGACCCCGCGUCGUUUGCGCUUCUCCACGUCAACCGGACUGGAGACGACUAUACCAUUGCGGCCACCGAAGGCGAAACCCCGUAUACUGGAACCGUGCGACAGAGUCAGCUCAAGAAACUCCGCGCAAAAAACUACCAAGACAGCGAUGAAGAAUGGCAGCGAGUGAUUUCAUACGUCUUUGGUGACAAGUCGCAUAUCGCUGGGAAUGAUACGCGGGCCGGAAUCGAAUCAUCUGCGAGCAUUGUGGGCGAAGGCGACGAGGACAAGGAGUUGAUCAUCACGAUCCGGAAAAGGAUCCAGGGUAUAACUCAACGUCUCGGGUCCGUGUCGUUAAAACAGGAUGAUGAACAGGCCAUCGAGCUUUUCGACUGGACUGGAACGGCAGUCGCAAGGGCAGACGUGAUCGAGGACCAACUCUCCUCGCUUCGUGAUCGCUACAGCGCCGCGGAAGACACCAUUAAGCGGCUCAACAAACAACUGGAGGACUUUAUCUCCGCCAAGCAUCAGCACGAAGAACAACUCAUGACCGACUUCGUUCAAUUGUUGAACGAGAAAAAGUUGAAGAUUCGCAACCAACAACGUCUGCUGGCUUCUGCAAAUGUAGAUCCAGAAAAGCGUAAGAGACAUCGCUAG